AUGAGACAUCUAUAUUCCAACUUCAUGAAGCAUUACAGUGGAGAUGUCUUCACAACUCAUUUGUAUCCAGCAGCUAGGAGCUACACUGAGGGCCUGUUCAAGUGGCACAUGAAGAAGAUAUAUGACUUCGCUCCAGAUGCAAUUAAAUACUUGCAAUAUCACCACAAUCGGAUCUGGUAUAGGUGUGGGUUCUCAGAGGACAGCAAAUGUGACUAUCUGACAAACAAUGUAUCAGAGAGCUUCAACAGUCAAGUGAAAAGUAUGAAAGGGCUGCUGAUACACGAGUUGGUUGAUGGGCUUAGGGAGAUGGUGAUGGAGAAGAGAUUUCUUAUGAGAAAAUGUGGAAGGGAAAUGACUGGAGAUAUUUUGCCAAGUGUUAUCAAGGAGCUCAACCUUAUUAGCAACAACUUGAAAGUAGUGAAAAUCAAAGUAAGUGAUGAUGAUUUUGCCGAGGUAACCCUACUAGAUGACUGGAACAAUCCUAAAAGGCACACUGUCGACCUUGUAAACAAAAAAUGCAGUUGCAGGGCAUGGCAAAUCAGUGGAAAACCAUGUAGGCAUGCACUUGCUUGGAUCUUGUCCAACAGAGGCUUGGAAAUCAAAGAAUUUGUGCAUCAAUACUACUCUGUUGCCAUGUUCAGAGCAGCAUAUGCAGACAGAGUUCCACCCAUGCCUGAUAGGGCUGACUGGGUGCAGGUGGAACUACCAUACAAAUUGUUCCCACCACUGCAGAAAAGAGCAGCAGGGAGACCAAGAGUUGUCAGGAUUAGAGGGAGCAUGGAACAAAGGGCAAACAGGAAGAAGGUGAGAUGUAGAAGGUGCAAAGGCUUUGGGCACUUUCAGAAGACCUGCAAGUUGGCUGAACCAACAGAAGAUGACAAUGGUAUUGAUGAGGCCUCUACAUUUGCUUCACUUAUAAGGGUUAGAGAAGAAGAUGAAGGACCUAGCCAGCCACCAAAACAGAAAAAAAGAAGCCAGCUGGGAAUAAGCAGCCAACAUCGACUAAAAAGGCUGCGAAGAAGACUCCUACGAAGAAGAAGCUGAAGAAGGCUGCCAGCGCACCUCAAGCAAGAGUGAUCAGAAGCUUAAGCAGCUGGCUUGGCGUCGAGUAGAUGACUCAGAAUCGUAUCUAGGCUUGAGCAGCUGGCUUGGCGUCGAGUAGUCAACUUAUAUGGGCAUGUGAACUGUUAAAUUAGCACCUGAUCUAUCUUUUGUCGUCAUGAACUCAUGAUGUUUACAUAUGUUUAGCACUGCUAUGCUAUG